UGUACCGAUCUUUGAUUAGAACACGUGAUAAUGGUGUACAAACUGUAAGUACAACAAUAACAUAUAUGUGUAUCGUCCUGUGUGGAAAGAAGUGCUAGCGUAAUGGCCGAAUCUUCUCUUGCUAAUGUUUUACAAACUAUGGUCUACCCUACCACUAUCCGAAUCGCUAGUGGUAGUCUUACGGCCGAUGAAGGGAAACGCUUCAGGCAAUCUAACAUUCUAACCUUGUAUGGACGGGGACUACAUGUCUACGUGCCUCCUUCCUUAAAUGCUGAACUGAGGAUUAGGUGCAAGAACGAGGAUAUAACCGAGCGAACGAGACGGAGAUCUUCUGAUACCCAGGAUGACGAGUAUGUCAAUGCUGAAAAUCUAUUUACUAAAACCAUAUUCAUCUCCGAACAAACAAGCUUACAAGACAGCCAGUUCACAGGAAAGGUCUACAGAAAUGUUGCUGACCUUUUAACUGAUUUACCUUUGUCAGUGAAAGCAAAUAAAUCCUUUUUCGCAUGUGCUGAUGAAAGCAAUCCAAAUGAGAUCAGACGGAUUACUGAAGGUGAAGUAAUUACCAUCGAUCGUUGUACCGAUAGAGCACAUCAGAACAUUCUCCGGGGCAAAGUAAAUGGCAAAGGAAUUUCAAUACAACUCUCAAACUCGUCCAUAGAUGUCACUGCUUUGCCAAAUCCCGCCGCAGAUUUCAAAAUGAGAUCAGCUGCUGAUGUGAUGAGCAUGGAAUUCACACAUCCAACGGAAAUGGCAUUUCAAGAUGAAGAUAUACAACAAACAUAUCAAAUAGAAGUAGGAUUCAACGUGAUACCACUAGAGAAACGACCCAUGCUUUCUGUGUGUUGUUCAGAACAUAACGAUGUAGGUGGUAUCCAAAAACUUGACAAUGACAUGUUGAAGAUAGAAAACAUCUGGUGUUUUAACUUUAGCGAAGAGGCUUUAAAAAAAGUGACGGCUGAAGUCCUCAAGACACAUUCUGAAUCCUUCUUUGAGCUUGCCUUUGGCAAAAUCGUUGGCACUGAUGAUAAUGGUUUCAGCUUAUAUAACCUCUAUGGAAAAGAAAAUACCUCCGAAUAUCUCGAACCGAAGCUACGUCACAAGCAGUCGAAGAAAGUUAAUCAUGAUAUCAAAUUACCAACGCCGUUCCCAACAAGUAUUAAGGCACCCCGUGUUCCGAGUAGGAUAAGGAAAAGCAAAACGCUGGACAGCCUCCCUUUAGCACCACCACCGCCAAUACCUAAGAAAGCGCCGACACCUCCUCCGCGCACUCAACAUGAACAACCUUCCUCUCCGUACAAAGAAACCGAAUUCCAACUGAAGUCGCCGACCUUUUCACAAAUUAAAUUCAAUGAACAAGAUACGUGUUCAGACAAUGCACAGGAGAAACUUGAUCAGUCAAAAUUAGUCAGGAGUGAUGAACCAAAUGCAGAUGUGCCAUCUGCCAUAGCGGUGUCAGAUCUGAGCGGUGCAAAUUCAACUGAUGAAAUUAAAAUCGAAAAGGAAAAGGGAAUGUCGUCACCAGCAGAUACAGAUUUAGCUGGUGAGACACCAUAUUGUAAACAACAGAGGGAGGAACAAGAUGUAGUGAAUAUAAAACUCCUGUCGAUUUCGGACAUUGCUAGUUUAUUUCGGAGUUAUAAACUUGAACGCAUGGCCACCGUCUGUGAGAAAGAAUUAGUUGAUGGAGUGAUACUGUUUCAUUUGGAACAGCAGGACUUAAAAGAAGAACCAUUUUGUCUUUCAGGGCUUGCCUUGACAAAGACAUGGUUGCUUAUUAAGGGACAUCGACCGAAAUAAGAGUACCAACAUAA